AGGUAAAACGAACAUAUUUAACGAUGUAUGGUUUGCUUCAGGCCUUCAUCAUGAUUGUGAGCGGCUUGUUUGCUGGGCAGCUUGAUCAUGCACCUGCAAUGCCACUAACAACAUCGAGAAAUGAAUCCAAUACUUCACUUCCCAGCCAGUCUGCGGAUACAAUAACGCCGCCACCACCUCCACUAUUCGAUUGCGUAGACGGCCAUUGUCCCGAACCUUACGUAUGCAUAGCUGGUUCUUGUGUGCGCGGUAAGCGUUGCGAGCUCAACUCCGAUUGCCCACAUUCCUACGCAUGCGUGAAAAGUGUGUGCUUGCUAGUUGAAUUCACGACACAUUUUUAACUCAUUGAUUAUCAAGCGAUGUCUGACAA